AUGAAGUUCUCACUCCUCAUUUUCCCUGCGCUCGUGGCGGUGGCACUGGGUGUAACCAUGCCACUGAAGGCCGUCAUUGUCUCCUAUCCAGACGACACCCCCGAUAGCAUCGUGGAUCAGGCAAAAGACGCUAUCAAGGCUGCUGGAGGGGUAAUCACCCAUGAGUACCAGCUCAUAAAGGGCUUCGCUGCCAAUGCGCCUGCGAAAAUUCUCGAACAAGUCCAAACCUGGGGAAACGAUUACCACGCCGUGAUAGAGGAUGACCAAAUGGUCUCGAUUAUGGACAGUGGCUCAUAG